AUGGAGCGAGAGCGUGUACCGUGGUAUUGGCAGGCGCGCACCGCGGCGCUGCUCGCUUUGCCCGUUCUGCUCACGGGCAUGUAUGGAACCAACUAUGUUUUCCUCGCCGCCCACACGCCACACAGGUGUCUAGUCCCCGAGUGCGAGGGUGGGGAUGGGGUUGACGGGGGAACGGAGAGCCCCGUUUGGGCGCACGCGACGAAAGUGUGGGGCGAGUGGGCGCUGUUGCCCGACGAGCCCUGCCACCGGCCGAGGCCUGUCGCCGCUCAUUGCCGAAACGCCACUGCCUUCGACAACACCACGCUGUUGCCUUGCGACCGUCACCUGUAUAACCAUAGCGCCACUAUAGUCUCAGAGUUCGAUUUGGGCUGCCAAGAGUGGAAGCGCACGUUGGUGGGAACGAUACACAACGUGGGCAUGCUGGUCUCGCUGCCAAUCAUGGGAUACGUCUCGGACAGGUGGGGCCGACGGGCGGCGUUGGUGGGGAGCGGCGUGGGCGCGGGGCUAUUUGGCCUGGCCAAGUCCUUCGUCACCACCUACCCGACCUAUCUCGUUAUGGAAUUUUCCGAAACUGUCUUCGGAGCCAGCGUCUAUCCAGCUGCGUUUGUACUCAUGAUCGAGUGCCUCGGAGUAGAGCAAAGGAUUUUAGCGAGCUUGCUGCUGGGCGUGCCUCUAGCCGAGGGCGCGGCCUCGUUGGCGUUACUCGACUACGUCACAGGCUAUUGGCGUACCUGGGCACGCUUAGCCUACCCUCCCUCUUUUCUGCUACUACUUUACCCUUGGCUGCUGCCUGAGAGCGUGCGCUGGCUCGUCGCCAAGGGAAGGAUCAGCGAAGCGAUCAAAACUAUCAAGAGAGCCACCCGAGGGAGUAAAGCCACCUUUUCCGAGGAGACGAUACAUAGAAUGCUAGCGACGGAUCAAGUCACCGAGAAGGUCGAGGUCGUCGUUGAAGAAGAGAGCUUGUUCAGAGCGUUCAUAAAAUACGGCGCGUUACGGCGUCGCUUAGGCGUGUGCUUCGCGUGGUGGGCGUCCGGCGUGUUCGUGUUCUACGGGCUGGCCGUGCGCGCGCAUGCGCUCAGCGGCUCGCCCCACGGAAAUUACGCGCUUCUGGCGGCAGCCGAGUUACCUGCGCUGCUGCUCAAUACGCUGUUGCUGGAUCGCGUGGGGCGGCGCCCGCUUCUCACCGCCGCUUUCUUGCUCACGGCGCUGGCGUUGACCGUUAUCCCGUUGUUGCCUGAGGGUAGCGUGGCGGGAACGGCGUUGUUCCUGGCCGGCAAGAUGGGCGCGACCAUGGCGCUCAAUGCACUCUACGUGUAUACGGCGGAGCUGUUUCCGACACGCGCCCGCCAGCGCCUGUUAGCUGCGUGUUCGACCUGCGGCCGUCUCGGCGCCAUUCUAGCGCCUCAGACGCCAUUGCUUGCGGCGUACGGCGCGUGGGUGCCGACAUCGGUGCUGGGCGCGUUGCCGUUGCUGAGUGCGGCGCUGACGCGGCUGGUGCCCGACACUCUGGGUCGGAGGCUUCCCGACAGUUUCGCCGACCUCGGCUCCAGCGCCACCGACCUCUCCGAGCUGCCGUGA